CCCAACACUGGCAGUUGGGAUUAGUCGAGCCUCCCCUGCCCCUGGGAACAACGUGUUGCGCCAAGCUGGACUGGCCCGAAAACCCAGGGCGGGGCCUGGACCGCCCUCCAGAGCCCACGUCCUGGCACAGGGGCUCAGCUUCCCUGUCUCUGGGCCUCCACCAGGCCUGGGAAAAGCACACGGAUUAAGGACCCAGGCGAGUGGGAGGCGUGGCCCUUGGCAUCCUCUUCCACCAGGUGUGUGGGUCCCGUACCAUCCCGCUCUUCACCUGCAGCCUCCUAAAAGCAGGUGGCACCAAGCCGUGGCAGCCGUGCCAGGCACCUACCACGGAGCUGUCAUGGCGCUGAGCACGGCCACGCUCCUCUUGCUCGCCCUUGCCCUCACCGGCCUGGCCUGGCUGCUGGCAGGGGCGCAGCGGGGGCGCAGGAGGGGUAGGCGCCUGCCCCCCGGGCCCCGGCCAUUGCCCCUACUGGGAAACCUGCUGCAGCUGGACACCAAGGACAUGAUCCGGUCGCUGACGGCGCUGGCAGUGCGCUACGGCCCUGUGUUCAUGGUGCACCUGGGCUCACAGCCCAUGGUGGUGCUGUGCGGCUACCGCACCGUGAAGGAGGCGCUGGUGGACCAAGCCGAGGUCUUUGCCAGCCGCGGGGACCUCCCCGUCGUGUACCGCUUCACCCAGGGCAACGGCAUCGCCUUCUCGAAUGGGGACAAGUGGCGGGUGCUGCGGCGCUUCGCCAUGCAGACGCUGCGCGGCUUCGGCAUGGGCAAGCGCAGCCUGGAGGCGCCGAUCCAGGAGGAGGCCCGGUGCCUCGUGGGGGAGCUCGACGGCACCCAAGCGGCACCCUUUGACCCCACCUUCCUCCUGGGCUGCGCUGUGUCCAACGUCAUCUGCUCCGUGGUGUUCGGGGAGCGCUUCGAGUACACGGACCGCGGCUUCCUCGCCUUCCUCGGCGUCAUGAACCAGAACUUCCUCCUGCUCAGCUCCGUCUGGGGCCAGCUGUACAACCUCUUCCCCGGGCUCCUGCGCUGGCUCCCGGGGCCACACAACCGCAUUUUUGCCAACUUCGAGCGGCUGCGGCGCUUCGUGGCCGAGCAGGUGGAGCGGCACCGCCUGGCCCUCGACCCCAACUGCCCCCAGGACUUCAUCGACUGCUUCCUCCUGCGCAUGGAGCAGGAGAAGCAGGACCCCCAGAGCCACUUCCACAUGGAGACACUGGUGAUGACAACCCACAACCUGUUCUUCGCGGGCACCGAGACCACCAGCACCACGCUGCGCUACGGCCUCCUCAUCCUCAUGAAGUACCCGGAGAUCCAGGCCAAAGUCCACGAGGAGAUCGAUCGGGUGAUCGGGCAAGACCGCAAGCCGAGCGUCGAGGACCGGAGCUGCAUGCCCUACACUGACGCCGUCAUCCACGAGAUCCAGCGCUUCUCUGACAUCAUCCCCUUGGGGAUCCCCCACGCGGUGACAUGUGACACCGUCUUCCAGGGAUACCUGCUUCCAAAGGGCACCAAUGUGAUGCCGGUGCUGGGCACCGUGCUCAAGGACCCCACCCAGUUCAGCAACCCGGGCGCCUUCGACCCCAGCCACUUCCUGGAUGAGCGCGGGGGCUUCCAGAAGCACGACGCCUUCAUGGCCUUCUCCGCAGGGAAGCGCAUCUGCCUGGGGGAAGCUCUGGCGCGCAUGGAGCUCUUCCUCUUCUUCACCACCCUCCUGCAGCGCUUCGUCUUCAAGCCCCUCUGCUGCCCGGAGCAGAUCGACCUCACGCCCCAGGUGAGCGGCCUGGGAAACCUGCCGUCACCUUACAAGUGCCGUGCCGUGCCCCGCUAGCCGGCCGCAGCGCCUUGCACCCCCACCCCCCGGACACAGCACCCCCGGUUCACCAGACUCCUUGGUGGCAUCUUGCCUUUCUCCCCUGCUAAAGCCCUGGGCUCCCGGAGUCCCGGGAUUGCCUUGGCAGCCCAGUGGGCUGGAGAGCAAAUAAAACACAAAG